GUAAAGAAUAUUGGAAAUAUAUGUGACACCGUCACCUCGAUAUGUCAUGAAAUUUUCAUUAUUUCAUUAGUUAUUACUUUAAUCUUUACGAACAUGCAUCUACUUGCUUUAGAUGGAUUUUCAAUUUGAAGUAGUUAGUCAUCAUUUUAUUCGACAACAAUGUCCAAAACCAUGUCGAAAUAUAAACAAGAAAUCGAACAACAUGGUUCCUCAACAUCGAGGAUAUUCAAUCAAAUUGAUUUGCCGUCAGAAGAACAAGAAGAAAUGAAUAAAAUGGCACAUGAUGUUUCUGAAACUGUGAGUGAGGAAGUAUUUUUGUCAUAUCAAUGUCAUUCCUUGCAUCACAUUAACAAAAUUCAAAAACAUCCAGGAAACAUUGUUGAAGCUGGUUCAUUAUCUGCACAAACUUUGCCAGAAGCUGUUUACCCAAUAUGUGAUUCAAUAAGUAAUGAAAUUAUUGAAAACGGAAAAUUGAGUGAUCUCCAGCUUGAGGGAGUUGUUUAUUGUUGUCAAAGGCAUCAAGUUAUAUUAGCUUGUGGUCAGAGAGCUGGAUUUUUUAUUGGUGAUGGAGCAGGUGUUGGUAAAGGCAGACAGAUAGCGGGAAUAAUUUUGGACAAUUUUGCUCGGGGAAGAACGAAGCAUGUUUGGUUUAGCAUAUCAUCGGAUCUUCGUCUCGACGCACAAAGAGAUCUUCAAGAUAUUGGUUGUUACCUUAAAGUAAUUGAUGGAUGUCAACAGCUUGAUAAAGAAACAAGAGUAUUUGGCCUUUCCAUUGACUUCAAAGAAGGCGUCGUCUUUAGUACAUACGCUACACUUGUCUCAUGUACACAGCGUGCAGGAAAAAGUCGAAGUCGACUGCAGCAAUUGAUUGAUUGGUGUGGAGGAUCAUCGUUUGAUGGAUGUUUAAUAUUUGAUGAAUCACACAAAGCUAAGCAUUACAUUCCGGGAAAGGAGAAAUCCAGCACAAAAGUAGCCUUAGCUGUUGCAACUUUACAAAGACUUUUACCAAAUGCGAGGGUUAUCUACUGCAGCGCAACAGGUGUCACAGAUGUUAAAAAUAUGGCAUUCAUGGAGAGACUUGGUCUUUGGGGUGAUGGAACGCCUUUUAAAACAUUUGAAACAUUUGUUGAUGGCAUUAUCAAAAGAGGAUUAGGAGCGUUAGAAAUGCUGGCAAUGGAAAUGAAAGCAGCUGGAAUGUAUGUUUCCAGAGGAUUAAGUUUUCGUGAAGCUGAGUUUCUUACUGUGCAAUCAUCUCUUUCCGAAGAGCAAAUAAUUCUUUUUGACAAAGCUGCCCAUCUAUGGAAUGAGCUGAAAAAAUCACUGGAGAUAGCGGUUACCAGAACAACAACUUCAAAUAAUAGGAUUUGGUCGACUUUUUGGGCCAAUCAUCAGAGAUUUUUUAAGCAACUUUGCAUGAGUAUGAAAGUUCCAUUUAUUGUUAAAGAAGCUAAAGAAGCGUUAGCAUCUGACCAUGCAGUUGUCAUUGGCUUGCAGACAACUGGCGAAGCAAGUCUUGAAAGUGAAGUGACACGUCUUGGUGGAAACAUCAAUAAUUUUGUAUCAACAACAGCAGAAAUAUUAAAUCGUUUCAUUGAACAAUAUUUUCCAACUCAAAUACAACAACCUAGUGGUGAAUACGUCUGUGAUAAGUGGUGUGUUCAAGCGAAAAAGCUUCUUAAAGAAUUUGUUGAGAAAAUUAACUUACCAAUAAACCCAUUAGAUGAACUUAUUGACAAUCUUGGUGGUCCAUCGUGUGUUGCUGAAAUGACCGGAAGGCGUGGACGAAUCGUACGACUAAAUAAAGGAAAUAAGCCACAGUAUCAAGCUAGAGAAUAUGACAGCACCAAUGUGGAUAGUUUAAAUAUACAAGAGAAAAACAGUUUCAUGAAUGGUGAAAAGUUUGUUGCGAUAAUUUCAGAUGCUGCCAGCACAGGAAUAUCAAUUCAUGCGGAUAUACGUGCUAAAAAUCAACGACGUCGUGUUCAUAUAACAAUGGAGUUACCUUGGAGUGCAGAUAAAGCUGUUCAACAAUUAGGAAGAUCUCAUCGAUCAAAUCAAAGCAGUUGUCCAAUUUAUAAACUGGUAACAACGAAUCUUGGAGGAGAAAGGCGAUUUGCUGCAGCUGUUGCUAAACGACUUCAAUCGUUGGGUGCUUUAACUAAAGGAGAUCGACGUGCAGCAACUGGAGCUGAUCUUUCUCAAUUUAAUUUUGAUACGACUUAUGGAAGGAGUUCUCUUCGACAGAUGUACUCUGCCAUUUGUCAGAAUCAUCUUUUUCCCGGUGUCAACUUGUCUGCUGUUUUGACAUUAGCGAAUGCAAAUAAAGAAUAUCAAUUUGUAGAAUUCAAUGACAUAAUGAAGAAUUGCUUGGUGUCAAUAGGAGUUCUUAUUGACGUGAAUAUGGUUGCUUCAGGAGUGAAGGAAAAUGAGGCGGGAGAUGUGAGCCGAUUUCUAAAUAGAAUACUUGGAUUGAGUGUUGAAAAACAAAACUUGAUUUUUAGUUAUUUUUGUGAGUGCUUGCACGCCAUUGUCGAAGCUGCUAAACGUGAAGGAAGGUACAACCAAGGUGUGACUGACAUUCAAGCUACAUCCAUCAAAAUCGUAGGUGAACCAAGAGAGGUAUUUACAGAGAUACGACGUGGUACUGUUGUAACAAAGCAUGUUAAACUUCAAACUGACCGUGGUGUCUCAUGGGAAAUGGCGUUAAAACGCUUGGAGCAUUCGAAAGGAAAGAUGAAUGGAUUUUAUUAUUCUAAGAAACAGCAGAAAGGAAAACGACUUUAUCUUUUAGCUAUUCAGAAGAAAUCCUCUUCUCAUUUGUUCAGCAUAACAAGACCGAACACGGGAAUAUCACCUUUUGAUGAAGAGAAAAACAAUCUUCUAAACAAAUACAUCGCAAUUUCUCCUGAAGAUGCAGAGUUUGGCUGGAAAGCACAAUAUGAACGUACAUUGGAUUGUUGUAUUCAUGGUAUAGGCUGUAAAUUUGGCAAAACUUGUAAAAUUGGUUGUCGUACUACAGAAAUUCACCUUCUUUGUGGUGGUAUUAUUCCUUUGUUGUCAUUAUUGGAGAGUACUGUAGCCAGAAGAACAAGUAGUCUUGAACUCAGUAAAGAGCUUCGGUCAUUGCGUGUUGUACGAGUUGAAUUGGACAAUGGUCGUCGUCUUGUUGGUCUUCGCUAUCCUGAAGCCCUAAUUACUGAAGUGUCUCUCUUAAUACAACAACAGAAACUAAACUCUUUGGCGAAUAAAGUUAACCUUCGUUUGGGCAUUGCACCUGUCAUCAUGCCAAUGUUAACAGACGCAACAAACUUGACGACAUUUGAGGAACCAACUAUUGUGAAUACAACCUUACUAAAGAAAGCUUUGGCUCCACCUGUUAAUAUAAGAAACUUUUUUAAACCUUGUAAACCUGCCGUUACAGAAAAAACUACUUUAGGUAAUUCGAAGAAUAUGGGAGUCACUUCUACCCAUAAAUGUGAAUCAAUGUAUUUCGAAACUCGUGCGUUUUGCAAACCUCCAAACGACGCAAAGAACAAAACUAAUUCUAUGAAGGGAACUGCGUCUAUAUCAGAGAACAAUAAACGACCAUCUGAAAGCAGUUUCAACCAAAUUGGUAUCAAAAGAUGUAAAAGGCAAGGAAGUAUACUCAACUCAUUAAAUACGUCGACUGUCGAGAGAAAAAAGUGCCCCAUUUGUAAAAAGAUUUUUGGUGUAACAACGAACAAUAAAGAAGUAAAUGAUCAUAUUGAUAGUUGUCUUAUCAAGUGAUCUGAAAAACGACACCAUGAUAGUUGGCUGGUUGUUGUUGAACAUAAGAAAUGAGAUAAUUACGUGGUCGACAAGAAACAUCAAGAUUCUCUGCGUGAAUUAGUGCUCUAUCGAAGCAUAAAAUGUACGUUUGUCUUUGGUUUGAGCAUUUACCUUAAAUGUCGUGCCUGAAAUAAAUGUCCCGUGCAUUGAAUUGAAAAAAA